CUCGUCUUCUCCUGCAGCAUCCUCAUGCACAGGAGACUCUUCCUCUACAACUUCAGGAACCUGCGCAAGGCCAAGGGCCGCCGUGAAACCUACCUCUGCUAUGUUGUGAAGCGCCGGGACAGCGCUACCUCCUGCUCCCUGGACUUCGGAUACCUGCGCAACCAGAUGGGCUGUCACGUCGAGGUGCUCUUCCUGCGCUACAUCGCCGCCUGGGACCUGGACCCGGGGCGCUGCUACCGCAUCACCUGGUUCACCUCCUGGAGCCCCUGCUACGACUGCGCCCAGCACAUCGCCAGCUUCCUGCGCUCCUACCCCAACCUGACCCUCCGCAUCUUCAUGGCCCGCCUCUACUUCUGCGAGGACCGCAAGGCGGAGCCCGAGGGGCUGCGGCGCCUGCACAAGGCGGGGGCACAGAUUGCCAUCAUGACCUUCAAAGAUUUCUUCUACUGCUGGAACACAUUUGUGGAGAACAGGGAACAGACAUUCAAAGGCUGGGAAGGGCUGCAUGAAAACUCUGUCCAUCUUGCCAGGAAACUUCGACGAAUCCUCCUGCCGCUGUAUGAAGUAGAUGAUUUACGAGACGCUUUUAAAAUUCUGGGACUUUGAAGUGGAAGUCAUCAGCAAACAGAAGAUUUCACCAACACUUGUUCUUUCAUUUCCAACUCUCUCCCUUACAACAGACCUUUCUCCUCUUCCCUCCUUAUAUCGAUCUUCCUUCCAGCCCUGUGUCUAGAGAUAAGACUAUCCUUACUUUUUAUUUCCAAGGAGAAUUAGGCUGAUCUUGUGAAGACACCUUCCCCAGGCUCACACCUUAUGCAUUGCUAACUGGGAAUACCCAGGACUGCAGUGACAUU